UCAUUUGUUAAGGGACCAUCCUCUAGAAAGCCUAAUCUCACCCUAUAAAAUGCUGCUUGAACCUGCUUGAAUGAUAUGAAUCGUUGUAUCUGUUAUCUCUAUACGUGUUAGCCAUAUAUAUUGUGUUCAGAAAUUUCAUCCAAUUUCCUCGUAAAAGUUCAAAGCUAAGCUCCUUAGAAAAGAAAAGAGGGCGUGCCAAUGGCAAAGCAAUCUGCUGAAGUGGUUGUUGAAGGACUGAAGAAGAUACUCAUUGAGGAAGAAGGGAUGGAUGAGGAGGUUCAAGAAAAAGAUAAGAAGCUUAUUGCCGAGCUCCAAGGGAGGCCUCUUUCUCCUGAUCAAGAUGCUCAAAGGCUUGAGGAUGGCUUCCAGUUCUUCAAGAACAACUUAUUUGACAAAUAUCCAGAAAUUUUCCAUGAACUUGCGAAAGGCCAGCACCCGAAGUUUUUGGUCUUUGCCUGCUCGGAUUCCCGAGUCAGCCCCUCCAUUAUUUUGAAUUUCAAGCUAGGCGAAGCCUUCGUUUCCCGCAAUAUUGCUAAUAUGGUUCCUCCAUUUGACCAGUUGAGACACACUGAAACUGGUGCGGUCAUCGAGUAUGCUGUUACAGCUCUUCAGUUUUGUUCCUCAUUUUACAUGGUAGAGAAAAUAACGUGUAAUAAAGGAAGAAAACGACGCUUACAGGUAGAAAACAUCCUCAUCAUUGGACAUAGUCUUUGUGGUGGGAUACAGAGGCUUAUGGAUCUUCCAGAUGAACAUUGCUCUCACAAUCAUACUUAUGACUUCAUAGAUGACUGGGUAAAAAUUGGUUUGCCAGCUAAGAGAAAGGUCUUGGAAGAGGCUUACGAUCUGCCAUUAGAAGAACAAAUCAAGCUGUGUGAAAAGGAAUCAGUGAAGAACUCGAUGGCAAAUCUACUGACAUAUCCAUAUGUGAGAAAUGCAGUGGAAAAUGGAAUUAUGACAUUGAGGGGAGGUUACUAUGACUUUGUAGAAGGAACUUUUGAGCAAUGGAAGUUAGGGCCAAAACCAUGCCACCAACAAUAAUGCCAAUGCCUAUCUAAUAUUUUGAGUUUGAGCCACUGAUGGAGCUCUCAUCUAUGAAUUAAUAAUUAAGACAGAGCAGCUUGCUCUGCAUUAGUCCUUUAAUUAUGCAUAUAUAGCAGCUUGUUUCCUCUAAAAUAAUGUGUUCUUUUGAAAUGCUACGCUUUAUUUUCUUUCUUUUCUCUCCUACCUUUGUCUCUUCUCUUUUUCUUUUCUUUUUGGUGUUUUUCAAUUUGACAUGGGAGUGCAAAAAGUUAAAAGCAAGACUGUUGUUGGGCAACUGAAAAAAUGUCAUUGAAAAAUUAAGCACUCAAUUUCUAAUUAAAAAAUUUAAGUAUUG